GCGAUUAGGCCUUGGAGGCGCGCUGACAUUAUUGGCCAAAAAGCCAAAGAUGUCGGUUCUGGAUAAAUCCAAUCUCGAUUGGGCAAGUUUCAAAGAGGAACAUCAUCUCAAGGAGGAAUUGGAAACUUUCAAUCGCGGCAAGAAUGGAUAUCUGGAUAGAAUGGAGUUUUUGUCGAGGACAGACUACAGAGAGUUUGAAAAAGAGAAGGCAGUACGAAAUUCAUUGCGGAAACCCCUUUGAAU